AUGCUGCCAUGCGUCGAGGGGCCCGGCUGCCGCGUCGUGGCCACCUGCACCUUCUCGGGACUGCGCGCCGUGCUAGAGCUGCCGCAGUCCACGUGCUGCUGCCGCCGCUCCGACACGGACACGGAGACGCACUUCUGGAGCGUCUCUUCCAGCACGGAAUCACUUCAUGAGGCCGGUUGUUCAUCAUUGCCAGAAUUAAACCAAGGGUUGGGGAAAGUUGUGAGAGAAGUGUUGAGCCAACUCCAUCAUGUUAUGAUUGACCUAAAUAAUCCACUGGCAAUAAGAGAGAUUGCAACAAAAAUUAUGACAACAGGUAGUUUGCAAUCACUUACUCCAAGCCCUGGUAUGGAAACAAUGAGACGUGUUAGCUCAUCACCCAUUCUUUCACAAGAUAGUAGCUCUGUUUGGUCACAUCAAGGCCCAAAUGAGCAUCUGAAACGUGAAGAAUCAGCAGUUUCAUUACAGGAAUUCCCUUCAAUACCAAGCACUGAAAUAUCUCCUAUUAAAGGAUCAACAACAAAAAGUGUACCAUCAUUCAGGACAUCAAGUCCACGAUCCAUACAAUCUUCUUUGGAAAAACUAAGUAUAAGAUCCAAUUCAAAUAUAAUAGAAAAAUUAGAAGGUAUCCAUAAGGAACUUGGUAACAUUCUAUCACUUGCCAGGGGUAACAGCUCUAGUGUAAUGGAUAAAACAAGGCAGCUUCAUGCAGUUAACAAUUCAGCACCAAAUUCGACACCAAAUUCGACACCAAAAUCAACACCAAAAUCUACAAGGAAACCACCUGCAUCGAGACUAGUACCAUCAUCUGUUCCAAGGCCACAACAGAAAAGGAUGCUACAAGCACCACAGACACUGCCUCGAGAUAGAAAAAUAAUGAUAAAGACUCAGUCAACAGUUAAGAAAUUCUUUUCUGGUUCAAAACUGAAAACUGCUCAGACAGACCCAUCAGGUAUUGCUUCUAAGGCAACACCAGUUGUUGCAAGGCGCAGAAUAACUCCUCAAACACCAGCACAAAAUAUGGAUACAAAAUUCAAAGUGGAUAAAAAGAAACUCACAAAAUGAGUAAUUUAUUGCACAUGCAUUUUACAAGCUCUCUGAACUGUAGUCUUAGAUUUAUUUGUAUGAUGCAAGAUGUCUACUGAACAUUAAUAAAUUUUA